AUGAACUCGCAUCUCACCGAGCGACUUCGUGCCCUUCUUCCUCCCACAGACAGUUUGCCAGCCAACAGCACCCCCGCCUCUGGUUCACUCCACCAAAACAGCAUCAGCGAGUAUUAUCAGCUCUCUCGCAAGCGAGUCGCUGGUGGGGCAUGGCUUCAGCAACCCGAGAUUCCAAGCCCCUCGGAACUGUUACCUGAGAAGUCUGGCCAACAGCUCGUUGAUGUCAACAACGACCUCCGCCCAAACAAAGCAGAGGGCGCAUAUGAUAAUAGCGAAGACUACCUGGGGACAACCUACGAGCUUAUACGCGAGGACACAUUAGGUCCACUCCGGAAUGUUCUGCAUAAAGUCCGCAAAGAUCCUUACCGAGACGAGGCAGAGUACGAGGACCAAAGCAUUGGUGUCUACGAACCGGUUCACAUCAAAUCGAUUGUGUUCUCUCCCCGAGGCCUCGCUACGCGAGUUGCAUUCUCACUUGGCAGGGUCAAGAAGCAUAUUAGAUGGGCGCAAUCAAAGCGACUUAUCACCGGAUCACUCGUGGCUCUAUCUCCUACGGACGAUGGAUUCAAGACUCAGUGUGUGCUCGCCGUCAUCGCAGCACGCCCUAUUUCUGCACUGGAGCAAAAUCCACCCGAGAUUGACCUGUUCUUUGCCCGUGCCGAAGACCAAGAAAUCGACCCUAUGCGUAAAUGGAUCAUGGUCGAGUGUCGAGGCAGUUUCUUCGAAGCCAGCAGACACACACUGCUGGCCCUGCAGCAUCUGAUGAGAGAGCCGUUUCCCUUGUCCAAGUACCUAGUACAUGUUCAGAAGGAAGUCGAACCGCCAGCUUACAUCAAGCAAAACCCCUACCUCAACCUCAGCUCUCUUGUCAGUAUGGAAGAAUGUGCCAACUACGAAAACGUCAAUGUGCUCGACGACUGGCCAAACACAUCGUCGCAUUCACUUGACAGUUCGCAGAGCAAAGCGCUCCAGCGUAUUCUCACAAGUGAGCUGGCUAUUGUGCAAGGACCUCCUGGAACGGGAAAGACGUUUGUGUCUGUGGUUGCUCUGCAAAUUGCUCGUGACAAUCUGCGCAAGGACGACCCCCCCAUCAUCGUCACUGCGCAGACAAACCACGCGCUUGACCAGCUUCUGCGACACACGUCGGGAUUUGAACCAAACUACAUACGUCUAGGAGGAAGGAGCAAGGACAAAGACAUCAAGAAGCGGACGCUGUUUGAAGUUCGAUCAGCAGCACCACAGCCAAAGCAGCCUGGGAGUCUCAAAGCUCAAGCCAACAACAAGAUGCGGGCGUUGACAGUUGAGUUUCAGAAACUGCUUGCCCCUAUCGAAGCAAACAAAGGUCCACUAGAUCACAAACUUCUAUUGAAGUUUGGAUUGAUCUCAAAAGAGCAGGCAGAAUCGCUCGAGAUGGCAUCAGAAAACACUAUUGGAAUCUCGCCAUCGGAUAGCCCGGGAAUCAGAAUAGAAUUCUGGCUUGGAAAGUGCCUUGCACCAUGCGAUCGACCAAUUGACGCGGAGCAGUUUGACUGGGGCUAUGAAGAAGAGGAUUUCGAAAUUGAGCAACUGAAGGAGCUAGAAGCAGAAGCCGUAGCCCAGGAUGACGAUGAUAUUGAGGCUCUUCAAGGAGCUGUCACGCUGCUCAGCGACAACCACAAGGGCACCGGAGCUCCUUUGAGCAGUGCCAAGAUUGAAGAAAUGUUGCGCAGAACCGAGGAUCUAUACACUAUCCCCGUAGUUCAUCGCGGUGCCAUCUACAACUAUUUCAAGCGGCAAGUGAAGAAAAUAAUCACGACCGAAAUGCGCAAGGUUGCCAAGGUUUACCAAGAGGUGGUUUUGCAGCGCAAGAUUGGCAUGUGGGAAGAAGAUGUCCGUGUUCUGCGCAAGGCACGCAUCAUUGGAUGCACAACUACAGGCCUGGCAAAGUACCGCCCUCUUCUAUGCGCUCUGCGUCCGCGCAUGUGCAUUGUAGAAGAGGCAGCCGAGACACUUGAAGCACCCGUAACAGCAGCCUGCUUUCCCAGUCUUGAGCAUCUUGUCCUCGUCGGUGAUCACCAGCAACUGCGUCCUCACACUCAGGUAAAGGCUUUUGAAGACGAGCCCUACUUCCUGAACUUGUCGCUUUUUGAGCGGCUCGUCAGAAAUGGCGUUGCGUUCGACACGUUGACACGUCAACGCCGUAUGAUACCAGAGAUACGGCGUCUCCUAUAUCCAAUCUACCAAAACACACUGAAGGACCACAAGAGCGUAAUAAAUCCCAAGAACCGGCCGCCAGUUGAAGGCAUGGGCGGGAACAACAGCUUCUUCUUUUGCCACGAAUGGGAAGAGUCUCGCGAUCACAACAUGUCUGCCGUCAACAAAAUGGAAGCCGAGAUGGUUGUGCAAUUCUUCGACUACUUGGUCCUAAACGGCGUUGAUGCGACCAAAAUCACCAUUUUGACCUUCUACAACGGGCAAAGAAAGGAGAUGUUGCGACUUUUGAACGCGCACACAAACUUGCGGGUUUACCGCAGCGACAUCCAGGUUGUGACUGUUGACAGCUACCAGGGCGAAGAAAAUGACAUUGUGCUGCUGUCGCUGGUGCGCUCGAACAAGAAACACUCGAUUGGCUUUCUGAGUUCGGAGAACCGCGCAUGUGUGGCGCUAUCGCGAGCAAAACGUGGCUUCUAUAUAUUCGGCAACGCGGAGCUUUUGGCGUGUGAGAGCAGGGUAUGGGCCAGCGUGGUGGAAAUCAUGGUUAAGAACAAAAAGGAAAAGGUGACCACUGGCCAGGAGCGAAGGGUGGGCUACCACUUCCCGCUCCAAUGCAGCAACCAUGGGCGCAAGAUGUGGUGCGAGGUCCCUAGCGACUUUGAGAUCAUUAUGGGUGGUUGCGAUAGCAAGUGCGACGGAGUAUUGCCUUGCGGGCAUCGAUGUCCAUACAUGUGCCACCCGUUCGAGCACGGUAGGAUCAACUGUACUCAAAAGUGCAGCAGGCGUGUAGAGACAUGUGGGCAUCCUUGUGUCGCGGAAUGCUGUGACCCGUGUAAAUGCCAAAUGUGCGAGCGCCGUAGCGGUGGCGUCAAGUCGACGUUGAAACCAGCACAGAGUGGAGCUAGCUCGCUCGGCAGAUCGCACGCCAAUGUGCAUGAUAUGAGCCGCCAAAACAUGUUUCACAGCUCUGGCCAAUCUAACGGUGCAACAGCCAAGCUAGGCUCACGCACAAGGACAGCUCAGCCAUCGGGUAGCAGCAUGGAGCAGUGGAAUAUUUACACGAAGGGUGGUGGAGUCCAAGAAGACGAUGCGAGAGUGCUGGCGGAGAUGAGGGGACAAGAGGCACAGUACCUGGAACGUGUUCGAGCAUCUACUCCAAAAGCCGGGCAUUCGCCCAUGGGCGACCGGCUUAUCUCGAUUUCCCCGCAGACGAGUGCAGUCGUGUCCAAGAACACUGGCUUGCUCGUUGACCUCGAUUUGGAGCCGCAGAUGGCAGCGGGUUCCGAGCAAAAGGGAAAUUCGUAUGCGAAGACGGCGGCAUCAUGUGCUAAGGGAACGGCCUUUACUAAUCUUCUGGAUUAG